AUGAUUCAUAAGCAAAAAUCAAUGCCUUCUCUUUUAUCGCUGAAUUACUCAUCACAUCAAAACCCCAAAGCACCAAGCACUUCAGCAUCAAACAUUAAGGCUCAGCUAAUCAAGUUUUCGCCUUAUGCAGAGCCAAGUGUAAAAUCUAGGACAGUUCAAAUCCGCAAAAAAGAAGCAUCGCCUCUUCAGCUACGUCAUGGCUCGCCUGGGAUAAUAAACUCAUCAUCUUUUCAAAUAUAUCUAAAUAGGAAAAUAGCUCAUUUACAUUUUUGUCUCAUUAUAAAAUAUAUAUUAUUGAUUACAGUAUAAAUUCUUCAAAACCGAAACACCAAGCAAAUAUUUUUUCAAGUUUUGAAAAUAAUUACUCAAGUCCUACAAAUGCAAAAAAUAUAGGAAAAAGUAUGAAUUUCUCAAUGAAUAGCUCACUUAAUGCAAGCCAUAAUGUUUAUAAAGAAUCUGGGGUUAGCCAAUCAAGAUUAAACACAGCUGCCACUGAAGCACAGAUACUUGAAGGAAGGCUUAGCCAGAAAUUAAGAGAAUUUUCUACUAAAAAUUCCUCAAGAAUAUCUGAUUAGAAUUAAAGAUUGGUCUCCUUAUUUAAAUUAGCGCUCAUAGCCUUCAGGUAUAAAAAGCCGUUUCCCCAAAUUUCCAUUGAUGAAAAGAAGGAAGCAAAACCCAGCUGGAAUACAAAUGCCAGGUACUGUAGACUCCUGCCAUGCUGCAAUUCCACAAACUCUUAGCAGGCUCUGGAAAGAAUGGGUCGGUGGCAUCACCAUUUUACUUGGUGUUUAAGAAUAUCAGAUAAACUAGAAAUUUUUAGAGAUAUAUUCCAAGAAAUAAUAAAAAAGGACUCAACAUAUAGCUCACUUUUAUCAAAAAUAAGAAAUGCAUAUGAUGAAGUAAUCGAAGACACCCAAAAAAAAAUGACAACCGACCUUAAUUCUAGGCUAAGCGAACUAAAUAGUAAACUUGCUCAAGCUAUCGAAGAAAAGCGGUCAUUAGAAAAAAAGGUCGAAAAGCUAUCCCAAGAAAAAUACGAAACCGAAAUUUGACUAACUCCCCCCCUCCGUGAGUAAACAAAAAAAUUUUGUUCACUAACGGAGGGGUUAAUUUUUUUUUAAAAAAAUUAUAUAUAAAUUUUAUAAAAAAUUGUUUUUUUUCGAAAUUUUAAAAAAAUCCUAAUUCGCAAAAAUUGGAAAGCAAAUAUUAAUUUAAUUUAUAAAUUUUGUGUUUUAAAAAGCAAUUUGUUUAAAAUUAAAACAGAAUUAGCUCUAGAUUUCAUUAUAUUAAUUAUCACUUAUAUAUCAAAAUUUUUUUCCAUAAAAAAUUUUUCUAUUAAAAAAUUUUGUUCACUCAUGGAGGGUGGGUUUUUUGGCAAAAAAUAGGACUUUUUUAAUGGUUUUGUUCACUCACGGAGGGGAGGAGUAAAAGAAAUUACUUCCCAAAACAAUAAACUCCAAAAUCAGCUGCAAAAAUCAAGCAUUUCUAAAAAAUCAUGCCCAGAAAUUGAUGAAAAUGCUGUAAAUUCGAUUAUCGAUGAAAAUAAAUCACUUACAAAAAUAUUCAAAAAGAUGAAAACUGAAAUUGAUAAUUUUAAAUAUAAAGAAAAGCAGCUGCUGAAGCUAGUCAUAGCACUAAAGAAAAAUGGGUACCCAGUUGAAGAGAUUUAUGACAGAGAAGUCCAAAAAUCUAAAACUAAAAAACACAAAAGUCGAGAAUAUAGCGAGUUAUGAGAAGAAUCUGAAGAUGAACAGCUGGUCAGUGGCAGGCCAAAAGAAGUACAAAGACCUCAUAUAGUCCCGAAACUUAACUUGAAUGAGGUGAAGCCAGAAACUCCUUCAAAUUAUUCUGAUUCUGAUGAAUCAUCAUCAGUCUCCAAUGCACGGUCAAUUUAA